AUGGCAGCAGGUUUUGAGGAUUUUUCAAAUUGGUUGAAUGCAAAAUUAAAAGAAUUAAACACAGACGAGACAGUUUUCGGCUCGUACAUUCAAGGAAUAUUAGAAAGCGAUGAAACGGCUGAAGAAAAAAGCGAAGCAAUCCAAGGAUUAUUAACGGAAAUAGUGGAAAAUGAUACCGAAAUAGUAAAUAUAUGUAAUGAUAUUCUUGAUAAAUGGGAAUUUUUCAAGCCAAAAGAGGAACACGUUGCCAAACAAAUGUCUAGUGAAGAGGUUGAUACCAAACUUGCCAAACUAUUAGAAUCUCAACAACUAGCCACAACUAAACUAAAAGAGUAUACUGAAGAGGAGAGAAAAAUUAGGGAAGCCAUUCUAUCCCAGUACAGCGAAUUACCUGAUGAAGAUGGAGAAAUCGAAGAAGUCAAAACUUCGGGCAGUGAGACAGGUUUAGAAAAAAAUUUAAACGCUCAAACCGUAGCACAAGCAGAGAAAAAUAAAAGAGAACAGGCCAAAAUUGACAGUCAAAAGAAGAAAGAGAAGGAUAAAGAAGACAGAGAAAAGCAGAAGCAACUGAAGGAAGAGAAAAAGGAAAAGCGUAAGACUGUCAAAGGAGAAAGACGCAGGUAG